AUGCUGGCAGUAACCGCAUUCGCGCUUCUCGCCUCCCACGCCGCAGCCGUCGUCAUCCUCAACUUCGUCCCAGCAGAGUCCGUGUGCCACGUCACCCUCCAGGGCCUGCCAAGUGGCAUCACGGCAGAGAUCACUCCCAGCUCCGUCAACUUGAUUGGUCAGAUCAAUCUGCGUGAUUCGGCAGAAAAUUCGUCAGCCACGCGUGUGGUGACGUGGCAGGCAGCCACCGCGGGCUCGCGCCCAGAUGAAAUCACAGCCGUCCUUUCAGCCGCAAUGGGCGUUCCCCUCGCUACAAUCAAGGUCUCCCAGCCAGUAGUGGAAAUCUCAGGGGGUCAGUUCCAGCCUUCCCCAGAUGGCACCUUCACGCUCACACCCAACCAGGUGGUGCUGCGCGCAGGCGCCCUCACAGGAAGCUUCCUAGGCUCUAACCUGGACCAGGCGAAUGUGACUGUAACGGCACCUCAGGAAUCUGUGCCUGUAGUGAGCGGGCGGCUCACCAGCCGCCUCUCACAGUACCGCCUUGUGCUGCAGGCGUCUGUGACUGUCCCUAUCGGCUCUGUCCUUGCCAACUCAGGAGCAAGUGACUCCGCGAUCUCGGCAGCAGCAGACACGCGCGUGUUGGUCGAGAUAAAGGCUCUGGCAGUCGGCACUAGUGCAUGA